GUGGGGGUAGAAGAAGCCGCCGCGACCUUCACGGACGCAGGCAGGAGGCAGGGCGGCGGGCUCGAGGUUGGGGGGGGGGGCGUGGUGGAUCCUUUCUCGCGCCGCCAUGGAUCAGAGGAAGGCGUUGUUCCGGGCGAAGCUGCGGGAGCGCGAGGCCAAGGAGAAGCAGGAGAGGCGCAUCGACCCCUCGCUCGUCAGGUACAAUGAAUUUGAUCAGCCCAUCUGCAGAAUCUGCAACGUAACUCUGAAAUCUGAAGCACUUUGGCCCGCACACCAAGUUUCACGGAAACAUCAUGAGGCAAAAGUUGCCGCCGCUGCUAAAGCUGCAGCAGGUGCAGGAUCUCGUGGGAAUAAGGUCAAUCACGAGCAACCUGCAGAGUCUCAGAAAGCAAAAUCUUCCACACUGCCUGCCAACUUUUUUGAAAACCAGGGAAUGAAAAGGCAUAGUGAUGGUGCUGGUUCGGAAGGAAGGUCUGUGCGUCGGGAGGUGGCUGAUGUUCAACCGAAAACCAAAGAAGCCAGCAAAACUAAGCCAUCUGUCAAUUUUGAGAAAAUACCAAAGAAAGAAAGUCAAGCCAAUGCCAAUGUCAAAGGAAUUCUUCCAGGGAACUUUUUUGACUAUAAUGAUGAAGACGAAGAUCCAGCUCCUACUGAGUUGAAUAGUGCACCUGGGAACGCUUCCAUCUCAAAUCACAUGCAGGCAAAAGGUGUACCUGCUGGGUUCUUUGAUAGCAACAAAAAUAACAAUGUCAUGCAACCCAGUGAACCUAGCCAAUUGUCUAAAUCCGCAAAGAGUACGGAAAGUUCUGAAGUAAAAGGAUCACUGCCAGAAGGAUUCUUCGAUAACAAAGAUGCAGAUCUCCGUGCUCGUGGUAUCGAACCGCCGAAAAUUGAUAUCAACGAUGCAUACAAAGAAUUUGAGAAGGAAAUUCAGGAGGACCUACAGGAAGUUGAUGACCGCCUUGAAGAGGAGGAGAUUGAUGCUGCUGCUGAGAGAGAGGAGUACUUGACUUUAGAGCAAGAGGAGUACAGGCAGCGGGUGGAUAUGCUGAAGAAACAGCUAACCGAGUCAAAAGCCGCACGGACCGCUAAAGCAAACAGCAAACCUGUUGGUAUGGACAUGUUGUCAAGCAGCGACUCAUCUAGUGACGAGGAAGACGACAGCACAGAUUUUGCUGUUGAUUGGAGAGCACAGCAUUUGAAAUGAUGUAAAGAUUUCUGUGAUUGGUUACCCACCGACGAUGUUAACAUAGAUCUGUUAGCAUCCACCAUUGUGCAUCAGUGACAACGAGAUCCCAGCCCCUUUAUGUUUCUGCUGGAGGAGAAGAUUUUUUCAGUUACAUCUUGUCUUUUAUCUGAAAUGCUCGAGCUAAUUAUGGACUAACACGAUGAGAGUAGUUCUGGAGAACAAGCCAAUGUGUAUAAUGUCAUCUAUCACAAUCUUUUCUGAAGGUGUAUGCUUACGAAGGACUGCAUCCCUGCUGGACUCCUUUGGCUGUGAAGAUUGACUGCCUUCCAUCAUGCUUCAACUACUACACAUAUCUACAGGGUUUCUUACCCUUUUUCUCCCCUUUGCUCAUCCGGCAGCGCCGACGUUGUUUGUAUCUUUAUGUGAUGGUGAAGGACAGGGCCAACGUUGCUACGUGCUGGCCUUUGCAAAAGUUUAAUCAAGUCACUGCACUAGUGUGCCGACGUUCUGUGGUUUGCUUGGUGCUUUGCCCUGUGUUGGCGACAGAAUCUAGCAAAAUGUUGAGUCUAGAAAUACCGUUGCCAAUCUUUAUAGGUAAAAACACAUGAAGUAAAGUAGAUGAGCAAGAACAAUACUCAUGCAAUUUUCUGUCUCUGAUUUACUAAUGAGGUAUGAGACCUAUCCGCAGAGUAUCACGGCCAUCUGGGCAGUUUAGGCCGUUAGGGCACUCCCAUAUCACAUUAAAUAACAUACU